GAAUUCUGUUAUCCAACUCCAUCCAUGGAUAACUUCAACACGUACCAGACUCCUCUUUCUAGCCGCUAUGCGAGCAAAGAAAUGGCUCAUCUUUUCUCUCCAGCCAACCGGUUCUAUACCUGGCGCAAACUAUGGCUCAAUCUCGCCAUCGCAGAAAGAGAACUAGGGCUGCCUAUCCCAGAAGAGGCCAUUGAACAAAUGAAGAACAACCUUGAACUCACCCCAGAGCAGUUCGACAUUGCCGCUAAAGAGGAAAAGAAACGCCGACACGAUGUUAUGGCACAUGUCUACACCUUCGGUACCGUUGCACCUGCAGCUGCGGGGAUCAUCCAUCUCGGCGCGACUUCUUGCUAUGUCACAGAUAAUGCCGACCUAAUUUUCCUCCGGACCGGUCUAGACUAUCUUAUCCGCUCUCUUUCCGUGCUGAUCUCUCGAUUGGCCUCUUUCGCCAGGCAAUACCGUGAUUUGCCUACGCUUGGUUUCACGCACUUCCAGCCCGCACAGCUCACUACUGUCGGCAAGCGCGCAACAUUGUGGAUCCAGGAACUCCUUUGGGAUCUCCGUAAUAUUAAACGCGCGCGCGACGAUAUUGGAUUCCGGGGUGUGAAGGGUACGACUGGAACCCAAGCCAGCUUCUUGGCCCUCUUCGAUGGGGAUCAUGCCAAGGUUGAAGAACUUGACAAACUGGUCACCACACUCUCAGGGUUCAGCUAUGCUUACCCGGUGACCUCCCAAACCUACUCACGCAAGAUUGAUGUCGACGUUCUCGCGCCGCUUGCUUCCCUUGGUGCUAGUGCGCACAAGAUCGCUACGGAUCUACGUCUUCUUGCAAAUUUGAAGGAAGUGGAAGAACCUUUUGAAUCCACCCAAAUUGGAUCCUCUGCCAUGGCGUACAAGCGAAACCCGAUGCGCUCUGAGCGUGUCUGCAGCCUUUCCCGGCAUCUCAUGGUCCUCCACCAAAAUGCGCUGAUGACUUCCAGUGUUCAAUGGUUCGAGCGCACUCUCGAUGACAGUGCCAAUCGUCGCAUCAGUCUCCCAGAAGCGUUCCUCACGGCGGACAUCGUCAUCUCUACCCUUCAGAAUAUUUCCGAAGGCCUCGUUGUUUACCCUAGAGUCAUCGCCAGACGCAUUGCCCAAGAGCUCCCCUUCAUGGCUACUGAAAACGUCAUCAUGGCCAUCGUCAAGAAAGGCGGCGAUCGACAGGAAGCGCAUGAAAAAAUCCGAGUUCUUUCCCACGAAGCUGCCAUUCAAGUCAAACAGCUAGGCCUGGAGAAUGAUUUGAUUGAGCGAAUUAAGACGGACAUAUACUUCGAUCCUAUCAAAGGCGACCUGCAUAUUCUCAUGGACCCUAAGAGCUUUAUUGGCCGCGCCCCCGAGCAGGUCGAUGCAUUCCUGAAAGAGUGGGUCGAGCCUGCACUAGCAGAUGCAGAUCUGCAAGAUGCUAUCCGAAAGUCUGUGAACGUCGAGUUGAGCGUAUAGUAGGUGUGAGGAAGUCAAGUGAAAAUGUUGAGGUGGCAUUUAUAUAUUAAGUUUCAUAAAGAAAGCAAGGGUUAACAUUGACAGAUGUACAUUAGUAUUAUGAAGGCUCUAAUGGAGUACAAACUACUUUGGG